AUGUUUUCGGCUCAGAUGUCGUGUGCAGCGGCUCGGCUACCCGUCGGAUGUUUCUCAGCUAUCUGCCGCGUUACUCAGGCAGUCAGGAGGAAAGCAUCGAAAUCGCGAUCCCACUCAAUCAACGACUCCAGGCAGCAAUCCGCGCAUCGGACGCGAAGGUGUGAACACCCCGGGCCAACCCAUCAAGGAUCGGAGUUUCAACAGGAAAUCAAAAAAUAUCUCGAAUACGCCCAAGAGCAGAUUGUUCCCAGCGAAGAGCUCCUCCGAGAAAUCAGAGAAUCUGACGGACGCAUCAAAAAGAAGGUCAGCCUCGAGCGACUCCUCCACAUCAGAGUAACAGGAUCGGAUCAACCAUCAUAA